AUGAGCAUGUCCUCAAUAGAGCAAUUUGAUAUUGGUGAUUUUCCUAAUGAGUAUAGAACUUCAAUGGAUUUUGGCAGUGUGGCUGGAGGGAACAUAAUUGCAACACAAACUCGUGUGCAUGGAGCAGAAGAUUGGUGGGAAUCAGGGGAGAUCAAUUCAUUUUGGUCUGGACCUGGGUUCUCUCAAGACAACACGGCUGAGGAAGAACUUUGCUGUCUGAAUAUCAACGAGAACACCAGUUUGGAUGAUUUAUAUGUAGAUAUUGUCUCUCCACCAUUCCAAUCAUGUGAUGAAGAAAUUUCCAAGCUUCUCAGUAUCCCAUCUCAAAAUUCAGAGGUUCUUGAACCUGAGCAAGAAAAGUCGAUCAUAUAUUCUUCACCAUCAUUUAAGGUUCUUAAUAUUUUCGGAAGCGGGUUUAGCCGGUUGAACGGAGAAAAGAUAGAGAUGCCAAAUUACAAGAUAACAUGCACGGAGUUAGCUGCAGAAAAGUUCAUCCAAUCUUGUUCCCAAACAAUUGAUGAACUCUCUGUGCUUAGCCAUCCAUAUGCCAGUUCAGUUCUAGGUCUUUCUAAGGAGGUUAAAGAUGUGGAACUCAUCCACUGUCUUCUAGCUUCAACUGAGAAAGUAAGCCAACAACAAUUUGAUCGUGCAAGAGUCGUCACAUCAAAGGGUUGGGAAAAGAAACAACAAUAUGAUAUUGUAGAGAGACUUAAGAACCCAGACACCAGCAUUAUUUCAUUUUAUCAAAGUGUGCCCUUCAUCCAGAUUUGCCAAUACAGUGGAAUACAAGCAAUAAUAGACAAUGUAGGAGGGGCCAAAAAGGUCCACAUCAUUGACCUUGAGAUCAGGGGUGGAUCACAGUGUACGAUUUUGAUGCAAGCUCUUGCUGCUCGAGAUGAUUGUCCUCUUGAGCAUCUCAAGAUAACUGCUAUUGGAACUAGAUCAAAACCAAAAAUUGAGCAAUUGAUGAGUUUUGCCUGGUCCAUGAACUUACCAUUUUCUUUUAACAUAGUCAUGGUAGAAGACAUGCGGGAUCUUAAUGAGGACCUCUUUGAGCUAGAUGCCGAGGAAGCAGUUGCUGUUUACUCCCCAUAUAUAUUAAAUACCAUGAUUCAACGGCCAGAUCAGAUGAGUGUUUGAUGAGAGUGGUGAGAAACAUUAAUCCUUGUGUAAUGGUUGUC